AUCACCAUCGGCGACCAUACUCGAGUGGGAUAAUAUCUGCGGAAGACGGGUGGCGAAGGAGACCCAGCUCCAAGCGGGACCAACGGCGGCCGGCCAAUCUCCACGACCGGCCGGCCCCACCCUCCGGAAGCUGGGUCCCCACGAGAUAUUUCCCUCCGCCCCACACCUCUCCGGAAGCUUCCACGACUGGCCGGCUGCACCUUGUCGCUCUGGAACCUUCUGUCCCAGCCCUAUUUAAUGCCGUCCCCUUCUCCUCCUUCCUUUCCUUCCUUCCUCAGCAACAAGAAAGCAUCCAUCUCACUGCUCGAAGAACCACUGAGCUAUACAACGCAGCGCGUUGAGCUCACACUCCCACCGCCCAUAUUAUCUUAUCCUCUUUCCCCUCCCCAGCUUAGUUAGUUAGACUUGUAUCAGCAGUCAUGGAUCCUCUUCCCGAUAUAGUGAAAGAGGAGUACCCGGAGACGAGUUCCUAUAACAUAGAAGAUUCUUUUAUGGAGCCUCCACGGCCGAUGGAGGGGCUGCACGAAGUUGGGCCGCCGCCUUUCCUUACGAAGACCUUCGACAUGGUCGAUGACCCAGUAACCGAUCAGGUGGUCUCCUGGAGCCUCACGAGUAAUAGCUUCGUGGUCCGGGAUCCCCACGCUUUUGCUGUGACCCUUCUGCCGAGGUAUUUCAAGCACAACAAUUUCUCCAGCUUCGUUAGGCAGCUCAACACAUAUGGCUUUAGGAAGGUGGACCCAGAUAGAUGGGAAUUUGCAAAUGAAGGAUUUCUUAGAGGACAGAAGCAUCUUCUAAAGACAAUUAAAAGAAGAAAACCACCUUCGAAUCCUCUACCAAGGCAGCAAUCAACGGGGUCAUUCCUGGAGGUCGGGCACUUUGGUCUAGAUGGAGAAAUUGAUAGGUUAAAGCGAGAUAAGAACAUUCUGAUGGCAGAGGUGGUGAAGCUAAGGCAGGAGCAGCAGAACACUAGAACACAGCUUCAAGCCAUGGAAGAAAGGGUACAAAGCACAGAACAAAAACAGCAACAAACGAUGACCUUCUUAGCAUGUGCUUUGCAAAACCCUGACUUCUUCCAGCAGUUGGUUCAGCAGCAAGAAAAAAGGAAACAGCUUGAGGAAGCCAUUUCAAAGAAAAGGAGACGACCAAUAGAAGCAGGGCCUUGUCAUGGUGAAGAGGAGACAAACGAGGCACAGGAGUUUGAGCCACCAUUUGACAUUGAAACGGGAAAGCUGGAAGGGGUAUAUGAACCUGAAUUCUUCCAAUUGGAUGGCUUGUCAAUGGAAAUACACGGACUUGGAAGGAAUGAAGAUGCUGAGAAUAAACCGGGAGAGAAGCAUGAAGGUGGAUAUACAGAACUGAAUGAUGAGUUUUGGGAGGCGUUGUUUAAGGAACGGAUUGAAGAGGAGAAGGGUGGACCAGAGUGGGUUGAAAGAGGCGAGGAUGAUGAUAUUGUUGUCUUGGCUGAGAAACUAGGCUAUCUUACUUCCAAUAGUCCUAAGUAGAUGAGACAUCUAUGCUACACUUCCUUUCUCUUGUUGCUUCUCUUAUCAAUUUUGGCAUCUAAAUCUCACCUUUAAUUACAUCAGUUAUAUCUGUUGUCAGGAAGGUCCAGAAAAGAGUGGCGCUUUACCACCAAGGGAAUCGUUUCUUAUUCAUCCUUCUUUCUUAUACUGCUGAUAUUCAUAUGGAUUUUCAUUUAACUAUACUGAUUUAGAUUUUGCAGUUAUUUUGAGCGGAUCAGCAGAGUCAAAAGGACAUGUACCAUGUAUCAGAAAGACAUGGUUACUCAUCUCAAGGUUCUUAAAGCAUAUCAGUCUGGAGAGAGAGAGGCUGUGGUUCAGCAUAAACAUAAUCACCUCAACAUUUCUGCAGCCAUGUACGCUAUCUAAUUGAAGUCUGCAUUGUGGGUCAACCAUUUUUUGUGUCAACUAGUCAACAUGCUUCUGCUUGCACUUGACACCACAUGGAAGCUAUUUUUGCUCUGUAACACACUGUUGUUGUUGGUUACAGUAUUCAACCAGUGUCAAGUCCAGUUUGUGAUUUAUUUGCCUUAGCUGCUUGUUAUUUCAGUUCGUAUGAUAGUAGCGAACUUGUUAGCUGGUUUGUAAUUGUUUUCUGAAUAAUGGAACUCGCAUCUUGAGUCUCUACAA